CCCCUCCCGCGCGGCGCAAACAUGGCGGCGGCUGGCACCAGCCGGUGAGGCGGUACCGGGCAGGAGCUGUCGGGUGUCAUGGGCGGUGGCGGCAGCACCGCCCCCACGUCUCCUUGAGCGGGACGGCAGGGGGGCCUCCGCGCCGAGCUGGGCGAUGGACGAGAGCGGCGAACUGGGCGGUCUGGAGACCAUGGAAACGCUCACGGAGCUGGGUGACGAGCUGACCCUGGGGGACAUUGACGAGAUGCUGCAGUUUGUCAGCAAUCAAGUGGGAGAAUUCCCCGACUUGUUCUCAGAGCAGCUGUGCAGCUCCUUCUCUGGCAGUGGUGGUAGUGGCAACAGCAGCAGCAACAGUGGCGGGGGCAGCGGUGGCAGUGGUGGCGGAGCUGGGGACCCCUCGAUGCAGCGGUCCUUCAGCCAGGUCCCAUUACCUUCCUUCUCUCCCUCAGCUGCCUCCCCCCAGACUCCAGCCCUGCAGGUCAAGGUUCCCCCCACUACUGUUCCCACGGUUCCCACUCCGCCGAGGGCAACUCCUGUUCUUCAGCCCCGCCCCCAGCCCCAGCCCCAGCCUCAAGCUCAGCUGCAGCAGCAGACAGUAAUGAUCACCCCGACAUUCAGCACCGCUCCCCAGACAAGGAUCAUCCAGCAGCCUUUGAUAUACCAGAAUGCAGCUACCAGCUUUCAAGUCCUUCAGCCUCAAGUCCAAAGCCUAGUGACAUCCUCCCAGAUGCAGCCAGUCACCAUCCAGCAGCAGGUGCAGACGGUGCAGGCCCAGAGGGUGCUGACGCAGACGGCCAAUGGCACGCUGCAGACCCUCGCCCCGGCCACGGUGCAGACAGUUGCUGCGCCCCAGGUGCAGCAGGUCCCGGUCCUGGUACAGCCUCAGAUCAUCAAGACUGAUUCCCUUGUUCUGACCACAUUGAAGACAGAUGGCAGCCCUGUCAUGGCUGCAGUCCAGAACCCUGCCCUCACUGCCCUCACCACCCCCAUCCAGACAGCCGCCCUUCAAGUACCAACUCUGGUGGGCAGCAGUGGAACCAUUCUGACCACAAUGCCUGUGAUGAUGGGACAAGAAAAAGUGCCCAUUAAGCAGGUCCCCGGGGGAGUGAAGCAGCUGGAGCCCCCCAAAGAAGGAGAAAGGCGGACGACACACAACAUCAUUGAGAAGCGGUAUCGCUCCUCCAUCAAUGACAAAAUCAUUGAGUUGAAGGAUCUGGUCAUGGGGACGGAUGCCAAAAUGCACAAGUCUGGCGUUCUGAGGAAGGCCAUUGAUUACAUCAAAUACUUGCAACAGGUCAAUCAUAAACUGCGCCAGGAGAACAUGGUGCUGAAGCUGGCAAAUCAGAAAAACAAGUUCCUGAAAGGCAUCGACCUAGGCAGCCUGGUGGACAAUGAUGUGGACUUGAAGAUCGAUGACUUUAAUCAGAAUGUCCUUCUGAUGUCCCCUCCGGCCUCUGACUCAGGGUCCCAGGCCGGCUUCUCCCCCUACUCCAUCGACUCUGAGCCAGGAAGUCCUCUGUUGGAUGAUGCAAAGGUCAAAGAUGAGCCGGACUCUCCUCCCGUAGCCCUGGGCAUGGUGGACCGCUCUCGCAUUCUGCUGUGUGUCCUCACCUUCCUGUGCCUCUCCUUUAACCCCCUGACUGCCCUGCUGCAAUGGGGAGGGGCCCACGACUCUGACCAGCACUCGUACUCAGGCUCUGGUCGCAGCGUCCUGUCACUUGAGUCAGGUUCUGGGGGCUGGUUUGACUGGAUGAUGCCAACACUUCUCUUAUGGCUGGUAAAUGGUGUGAUUGUCCUGAGCGUCUUUGUGAAGCUGCUGGUCCACGGGGAGCCAGUGAUCCGGCCGCAUUCACGCUCCUCAGUCACCUUCUGGAGGCACCGGAAGCAGGCAGACCUGGACCUUGCCAGGGGGGAUUUUGCAGCUGCCGCUGCAAACCUGCAAACGUGCCUAUCAGUGUUGGGCCGUGCACUGCCCACCUCCCGCCUGGACCUGGCCUGCAGCCUCUCCUGGAAUGUGAUCCGGUACAGCCUGCAGAAGCUGCGCCUGGUGCGCUGGCUGCUCAGGAAGGUCUUCCAGCGCUGGCGGGCCACUGCAGCAGGCUUUGAGGACGAAGCCAAGACCAGUGCCCGGGAUGCAGCCCUGGCCUAUCACAGGCUGCACCAGCUGCACAUCACGGGAAAGAUUCCUGCAGGAUCUGCUUGUUCAGAUGUACACGUGGCUUUGUGCGCUGUGAACCUGGCUGAAUGUGCAGAGGAGAAAAUCCCGCCAAGUACGCUGGUUGAGAUCCAUCUGACUGCCGCCAUGGGGCUCCAGACCCGGUGUGGAGGCAAGCUGGGCUUCCUGGCGAGCUACUUCCUCAGUCGAGCCCAGAGUCUGUGUGGCCCCGAACGCAGUGCUGUCCCUGACUCGCUGCGCUGGCUCUGCCACCCCCUGGGCCAGAAAUUUUUCAUGGAGCGGAGCUGGUCAGUGAAGUCAGCUGCCAAGGAGAGUCUGUACUGUGCCCAGAGGAACCCAGCUGACCCCAUUGCCCAGGUUCACCAGGCCUUCUGCAAGAACCUGCUGGAGCGAGCUGUGGAGUCCUUGGUGAAACCUCAGGCCAAGAAGAAGGGUGGAGAUCAGGAAGAAGAGAGCUGUGAAUUCUCCAGUGCUUUGGAGUACCUAAAAUUACUUAAUUCUUUUGUGGACUCUGUGGGGAUUGUGACCCCUCCUUUCUCCAGCAGCUCUGUGCUCAAGUCAGCCCUUGGUCCAGACGUCAUCUGUCGGUGGUGGACAUCUGCAAUCACUAUGGCCAUCAGCUGGCUCCAGGGAGACGACGCAGCUGUGCGCGCUCAUUUUACUGAAGUCGAGCGUAUCCCCAAGGCCCUGGAAGUGACAGAGAGCCCCCUGGUGAAGGCCGUCUUCCACACCUGCAGAGCCAUACACGCCUCACUCUCUGGGAAGGCGGAUGGGCAGCAGAGUUCCUUCUGCCACUGUGAGAGGGCCAGCAGCCACCUGUGGAGCAGCCUCAAUGUCAGCGGGGCCACCUGCGACCCCGCCCUCAACCACGUGGUCCAGCUGCUGACCUGUGACCUGCUACUGUCGCUGCGGACAGCCCUCUGGCAAAAGCAGGCAGGAGCCAGCCAGGCCCUGGGUGAGACCUACCAAGCAUCGGGCACUGAGCUGGCUGGCUUCCAGCGGGACCUGGGCAGCCUGCGUAGGCUAGCGCACAGCUUCCGCCCAGCCUACCGCAAGGUGUUCCUGCAUGAAGCCACUGUGCGCCUGAUGGCAGGAGCCAGCCCCACCCGCACCCACCAGCUGCUGGAGCACAGCUUGCGGCGGCGCACUGCUCAGAACACCAAGCACGGAGAGGUGGACGCCUGGCCCGGCCAGCGAGAGCGGGCCACCGCCAUCCUGCUGGCUUGCCGCCACCUUCCCCUCUCCUUCCUCUCCUCCCCGGGCCAGCGCGCCGUGCUGCUGGCCGAGGCAGCCCGUACCCUGGAGAAGGUCGGCGACCGGCGCUCCUGCAACGACUGCCAGCAGAUGAUUGUCAAGCUGGGGGGUGGCACUGCCAUCGCCGCCUCCUGACCACUGGGCUCUGCUCGCCUCAGCCCACUGCCUCCCUCUGUCUCUCAGUCUCUCCCACCCGCCUCCCUCUGACUCUCACUUUCUCCCUCCCUCCUCCCACUGCCUCUUAGUCUCUCUUUCCCUCCUCCCUCUGUCUCUCCCUCUCCCUCUCGCCUCCCUCUCUCUCUGUGUCUCUCCCCCUCCUUCUUCUAUCUCUCAGUCUUUCUCUCUGUCCUCCCUCUGUCUGUCAGUCUCUCCCUCACUCCCCCUGUCUCUUCGUCUCUCUCUCCCUCUUCACUCUGGGAGCCGUGGCAUGAGCCUUAUCUUCUGAGCUGUCACCUGCCGAGCUUUUGGACCACCUCAUGCCAGUGGGCCCUUGGGCAGAGCCCCUUAAAGUGCUUGGAUAGAUGCCCAUGGUCUAGGGCCUGGUGGGCCUGAGAGAGGAGAGCAGGGCAGGGCAGGAACUGGGGGUACCCUGACUUGAAAGCAGCAGGGGGAGCUGCCGAGCUGCCCGGCCUCUGCCUCCAGCCCUCCCAAGGUUUUCUCUCCUCUGGACGUCUCUCCCCCCUUUCCUGCUUCCUCGUUUUUUAUCAGGCUUUCCCGCUGAGGGACAUCGGUCUCUGGGCACCAGAGCGCUUUGCCCUUGGCACUGUGCCCAGCAUGCGCCCUCCCCUCCUUUUUAUACGAAUGUUUUAUAUCAGUGUGCUCGGGUUUGCCGUGCUGCUGGGCUAAGUUGCUGUGGCAUCCUUAUUUCUCUCCCUGGGUCUGUGUCCCCUCCCCUGCGCCUGACAAAGCCAGUGCAUUGUUUUUUCUUUAUUACACAGGACAGCUAGGGAAGGAGGGAGCCCAGCCCUGGGGACGCGGGUGGGAGGCAGGGGGCAGGCCUGGGGAUGGAUGAAAUAAUGUCGGCAUUAUUUUUUAAUUUUUUAAAAAAUAAAUGGUAUCUUAUUUAAUUGUCCUGUUCCUUCCCACUCUCCUGCCCCCCCCUGGGAUGUGAGCCUAAGCUCAGGGUAGUCCCAGAGGGCUGGGAGAGAUGAAGCCACCCACUGGGACUGGGGACCAGGGGCCUUCAGUGUGGGUCCUCAGUUCCCGCCCACCCCAACUCCUACCUCCAUAGUCUAUUUUUAUCCCUAAUUGUUGACCUGAAAGUAAGCCAGAAUGGCAGGGACUGGCUCCCAACCCCUCCCCACUGACAGGCCCCUUUUAGGGUGGGCACAGGGUUGCCCAAGGUAGGCACUAGGAAAGAGGUCCCCUGCCUUGAUGGGGGUCCUGGGAGGAAAAGUGGUGCCAGUUUUCUGGAUCCCCUGGCUCGGUGCUUCCCCUGAGGCCAUUUCUCCUGGGGCUGAGGACUACCUGGGACCCCAGAGCCUGCUGGGAGACAAAGGGGCUGCCCUCCCUCUCUCCCUGUGCUUCUCACCCCCUCAGGCUGGUUGGGGCAGAGAGUGGGCAGGGCCCCCCCCAAACCUGCACAGACUGGGGUGUACACAUCAGGGGCUCCCCUGAUGCCUAAUGCCAGGCGAAACACAGCAUCUACUUCCCUCACUUUCUCAUGCCCCUCCCCCUCACUGGAAUUUACGGCCCCUGCCCACUGCCAGGUGAGCCAGCCCUUGUGUCAUGUGUAUAUACUGUGCCUUUUCUCCUCAUUGUUUAGGGGUGGGAGGGGGUGGGUUUUCACUGAAAAGGGGGAUACACACCUAUGGCUUCCUUGAUGUGGAAUCAUUUACCGUGUCCUGGACAUAGGAUAUUCAAUAAAC